AUGUCCUUCAACCCUCUAUCCAUGACAGAAGAAGAAGGACGAGCACGAUCACAAGAAGCUUCUCAAUCAGAGGAAAAAGAGAUACUUCCAUCUCCACCAAAGCCAAUCAUUGUCCGUGACUUUGCCUACCCCGAAGAUGACGAACGAUUCAGCCGGCUACCCUUGGAACUGCUCCCGCUCGACGAAAGAGAGAAGAGACUGCAAGGACAAGCACACGACCGAUAUGAAGAUGCGGAACUAACACCGCUAGCACAAAUGACCCAUUCUACUGGUGGUGACGAUGACGGUUCGCACUAUACGUAUACAGAAAGCGGCGCACCUGAUCUCCUCAGCCCCGAUCUUCCGUUACAACCCGGUAUCUACCGCGCGCUCUAUCCCUUCGAAGCCGAAGGCACGGCAGAGAUGUCUCUGGAUGAAGGGCAACUCGUCAAGGUCGUUGGGCGCGGUGGAGGAGUCGGCUGGGCUGUUGUAGAGAGAGGAUGGCGUAUGACUGUUGAAGACCUUGGAGACCCAAAGAUGGCCAACCAGGAUAUUGAUGGAAGUAAUGGGGCUCUGGCACUUGCAGGCCAAGCACUCGUACCAGAAGGAUAUCUGGAACCAUAUAGGCUUGACUCAAGUUAA